UCUGCAGCCGCUGCCCGCCGGAAGUGCCCCUUGCUCCGAGCUCCGGGCAAGAGGUCCCUGGGGUGUGAGUCCCGGGCCCUAGCGCUUCGCUCAGGAACCGAGCCCUCGAACAGUGUUUGCAGAGUACGAGGAGGUGUGGUGAUUUCCUCGGAGCCCCGGGCAAGAAGUACAUGGGCUGGAAGCUUCUAAGCUCAACAUGUAUGAAGCGUUACCAGGCUCCACUCCUGAAAAUGAAGACAGCCUCCUGAAAGUGAAGGUCGAAGACCCUACCUGGGAGCAGGCUAAUGCCUCCCAGGAGCACAGCUCCCGUUUGCAGGAACUCUGCCGUCUGCAGUUCCGGCAGUUCUGCUACCAACAGGCCCCCGGGCCUCGCGAGGCUUUAACUCAGCUCCACGAGCUCUGCCGCCAGUGGCUGCGGCCCGAGACCCGCAGCAAGGAGCAGAUCGUGGAGCUGCUGGUGCUGGAGCAGUUCCUGGCCAUCCUGCCCGGGGAGCUGCAGGCCUGGGUGCAGAUGUAUCCUCUGCAGAGUGGAGAGGAAGCCGUGACAGUGCUAGAGAACCUGGCAGCCGGACCUGCCCACACAGGACAGCAGGCCUCUCUCUACAUUCAGGGUCAGAAUGUGCACCUAGUGGUGACAGACUGUCAGGGAGCCCCUUUGGAGAGGCAGGGCCUCCAGCUCCCGCCCGGCGUAUCCACGCUGCCAAGUGAACCUCCACAGCUGGCCCAGGAAGUGAGCGGCUUUGCUCCCGUGGGACCAGCUCUUCUCCAGGAAGAACGCUCCAGAGAGAGGAGGGCAGCUGGGGCUGAGUGUAGCCCACCCCAGACCCAGGUGGCCUUGAAGGUGAAGGCAGGGGAAGAGCCCGACCGGGCCUCUGCACCGAGGGCGUGGCCACAUUGGAGCCUGGCUCCCAGGAACCCAAGGGAGGAUGCGGAUCAGGAAGUGGCGACAGGCUUGCUGGACCAAGAUACCUGUGAAGAAAUAGGACAAGAUGUCAAGACCUCAGGAGGAUCUAGCAGAGAGUGUGUGCCCCGCAACCCCGGUAGUACUGCUGUACUUCCUGAGAAGACAGUUUUGAAUCCUGCAGAUCGCCCCCCACCCCGGGACUUGUGGGCCCAGAUGCACAUCGCGUCCGUGCAGUAUGCAGCAGGAGACAUCACUCGCAAAGGAAGGAAAAAAGAUAGAGCUCGGGUGAGUGAGCUGCUCCAGGGCCUCGCAUUUUCUGAUGACUCAGACGCAGAGGAAGAUAAGGAGCCUGACGAACAGCCUGCGCAGAAGAAGGUCAAGGUGGCAGGCAUGCCAAAGGAGAGGUGGACGAAAAGAGACCUCAGUCCCAGUUUUCCACACUGGUCAGCCCUGGAUUUCGGACUUCUGAACCUCAAGAGUGAAAAGUUGAACCCAGUAGAGCUCUUUGAAUUAUUUUUUGAUGAUGAGACAUUCAACCUGAUUGUUAAUGAAACAAAUAAUUAUGCUUCUCAAAAAAGUGUCAAUUUGGAAGUCACCGUUCAUGAAAUGAGAUGUGUAUUUGGUAUCCUGCUUUGGAGUGGAUUUGUAAAGUGUCCCAGGAGGGGGAUGUAUUGGGAGAUCUCUGAUGCUGAUCAGAACGUGGUUAGAGAUGCAAUUAGAAGAGAAAGAUUUGAAUUGAUUCUUUCAUACCUGCAUUUUGCAGAUAAUAAUCACCUAGAUCAAAAGGAUAAAUUCUCAAAAUUGAGACCGCUCAUAAAACAAAUGAAUAAAAAUUUCCUCUUGUAUGCUCCCCUAGAAGAACAUUACUGCUUUGGUAAAUCAAUGUGUGAGUGCUUUGACACCAACCAGUUCCUGAAUGGAAAGCCUCUUAGAAUUGGCUAUAAAAUCUGGUGUGGUACAACCAUACACGGUUAUCUGGUUUGGUUCGAGCCCUAUCAAGAAGAGUCCACGUUGGAGGCCGAUGGGGAUCUUGACCUUGGGUUAGGUGGCAAUCUAGUGAUGACCUUCGCUGAUGUUCUGUUAGAGAAAGGCCAGUAUCCCUACCACCUGUGUUUUGACAGCUUCUUCACAAGUGUGAAAUUGAUGUCAGCUUUGAAGAAGAAAGGGUUGAGGGCGACUGGAUCCAUUCGUGAAAACAGGACUGAAAAAUGUCCACUUCUUAGUGCAGAACAAAUGAAAAAGGGAUGUUUUGAUUUCCGAGUAGAAGAAACUGAUGAGAUAAUUGUGUGUCGUUGGCACAGUGACGGAAUUAGCAGUCUGUGCUCCACUGCUGUGGGCAUAGAACCGCUUAGUGAAGUCAGAGGUUCUGCUGGUGAAGACGAGCUCCUUCCGCUCAGCCAGCCAGCCAUCGUGAGACUAUAUGAGGAGUGCAGGAAAGGAGUAUCCAAGAUGGAUCAGAGCAUCUCCAAAUACAGAGUGACGUUAAGAAGCAGGAAGUGGUACUCCACUUUGGUGAGCUACAUGAUAGACGCGGCCAUGAGCAACGCAUGGCAUCUGCACAGACUGUCUCACCCUAGCUCCUCGCUAGAGCUCCUGGACUUCCGAAAACGGGUUGCGCAGUGCUACCUGGGACACAGUGCUCCUGUGUCAGAUUAAGGCGGAUCCGCAAGCUGCAGGCAGUAACAAGCCAGAGAAUUAGAGAGUAGCACUACCAAAGCAGAUCUGAUGUACAUAGUGUAAUGAUAAGUACUAUUUUUUUAACCAGACGUUUAUAUAGAAUUUCAAGUAAUGCUAAAAAAUACCUGAAAAUGUUCAAUUCCACUGGAACCUUUCUGUGUCUCAAUUUUGUGGCAGAUGUGGGAAAUUUUGAAUUAUAUUUGAGCAUUAAAAGAAUGAAAUCCUGCCCUCCCCUUUUUCUCCAUCAAGUGCCAUUGUAAAAUGGACAAUAUAUAGUAACCAGGGAUGGCACUGAGUGCACAGUCCAAAGUAGAGCUAUUACUUAGGAGCUAAAACUGAGGAAGUAAGCCACAUGUGGUAGUGCACACCUGUAAUCCAAACAGUAGAGAUUUAGUGACAUCUGGCUGCCACUAGCAAUAAGAUACUAGUUCUGAGUAAAGCGUUUUUGCUGCAAAGGAUGCACUUACGGCUCACACAGGAUCGCUGGAAGUUUGAGGCCAGUCUGGGCUCCAUAGUGAGACCCUGUCCCAAGAAAGCGGUACGCGGGGGCUGAAGAGCUCUACGUUAAAGCUGGAUCAGAUGGUGUGUGAGCAGGGCUAGGCCCCGAUCUCAAGGGAGAGUGCUGUAAAGGCAAAACUAACCGUGAAGCAGCGCUUUUGAACACUGAAGUAAAGCCGUGGCCUGAUGUGACUGAGUUGGAAACCGAAAAGAUUCUAACUUGACUCAAAAGGGUAACAGUGGAUGUGGCACCCAGGUUCACGUCACCCAAGGAGGAAGUUGAGGCUGACGGUCGCUGUCUGCCUUGGUCCUCCACGAACUAAACACUGUGAUCCUUCAC